AUGGCCACGGACGAGCUGGCCAGCAAGCUGAGCCGCCGCCUCCAGGUGGAGGAGCACAAUGGCGAGGCGGCGGCGGCGGAGCAACAGCAGGAGUCCCCGGCUCCCGCCGCCGAGCCCGCCUUGGACAGCGGGGCGGGCGGCGAGCUGAGCGCCAAGCUGCAGCGGCGCUCCGAGCUCAACCAAGGCGGCGACCAGACGCAGCUCUCGCCGGGCAGCGGCCACAAGGUCUUCAGCCCCUACACCGAGUUCCGCGAGUUCUCCCGGCGGCAGAUCAAGGACAUGGAGCAGCUUUUUCGACAGUACGAUGCAGGGAAAGAUGGUUUCAUAGAUCUGAUGGAAUUGAAGCGUAUGAUGGAGAAGCUUGGAGCUCCGCAGACUCACCUGGGGUUGAAAAACAUGAUUAAGGAGGUGGAUGAAGACUUUGAUGGCAAACUGAGCUUCCGAGAGUUCCUUCUGAUCUUCCGCAAAGCCGCUGCAGGGGAACUGGAGGAGGACAGCGGCCUCCAUGCCUUAGCCCGCCUGUCAGAGAUCGACGUCUCAACGGAGGGUGUCAAAGGAGCCAAAAGCUUUUUUGAAGCCAAAGUGCAAGCCAUAAACGUCUCCAGCCGCUUCGAAGAGGAGAUCAAAGCCGAGCAAGAAGAGAAGAAGCGGCAGGCGGAGGAGAUGAAGCAGCGGAAAGCCGCCUUCAAAGAACUGCAGUCAGCCUUCAAGCAGUGACGGGGCUGAGCAGGGCGCUGCUGGGCAAAGGGGCGGGGGUACAAGUGCCACCCGAGCAGUCCCAGCGGAAUGAUCUCAAGUUGCUAACAGUCGAGGGAAUCCCAGCUUUUUGAACCAGUCCCUCGAGCUGUGCCUUUUCGCAACAGCUUGGUCUGCAGAAGUCCCGCAGUUUUCCAUUU